AUGGAGCUUAUUCCCACUCUUCCUUACGAUAUCGGACUCGAAUGUCUUAUUCGAGUUCCUUAUUAUAAUUUCUCAUCGGUUACUUCCGUCAGUAGAAACUGGAAGCUUCAGAUUGAGCUUCCCGAGUUUUGGAGGCGAAGAAGAGCUACUGGCUCCACCCGCCAGGUAAUUUUAAUGGCGCAAGCCCGAAUUGACCCGAGAUUGAAACUCGGGUCAUUCAAGUACUCUGCUUUUUCGUUUUACAAGCUUACGCUUUACGAACCGGAAUCGGGUUAUUGGGCGGAACUACCACCGGUUCCUGGUAUUUCCGAUGGGUUGCCGAUGUUUUGCCAGCUCGUCGGAGUUGGAUUGAAUCUGGUGGUGAUGGGCGGGUGGAACCCUCUUACUUGGGAACCUUCAAACGCUGUUCUUGUUUUUAGCUUUGUAUCCGCCACGUGGCGACGUGGAGCCGACAUGCCUGGUUGCCGGAGAUCCUUUUUCGGUUGUGCGUCGGAUUCUGAACGGACGGUGUACGUCGCCGGAGGUCACGACGAGGAGAAAAACGCACUUAAAUCGGCGAUGGCGUAUGACGUGGCAAGGGAUAUGUGGGUCCCAAUGCCUGACAUGGCAAGUGAAAGAGAUGAAUGUAAAUGCACUUUUUUUCAAGAUAAAUUCCACGUCAUCGGCGGAUAUGACACGAGCAUGCAAGGCCAAUUCGGUACAAGCGCUGAGUCAUUCGAUCCUUCCACGUGGCAGUGGGACCAAGUCAACGAACAUUUCUUUGAAUCUGCCACAUGUCCAAGAACCUGCGUUGAGGGUGGGGACGGAAAAUUGUACUUGUGCCGGGACGGUGAUGUGCUGGCACUCGGAAAGUCUACGUGGCAAGCUGUGGCGGCGAUUCCGGUGGAGCUCCGGAGCGUAGCUUUUGUGACAGCAUGGAGGGGUAAAAUUCUGAUGACUGGUUCUAUGGGAUUUAAUGAACCCCACAAUACUUAUGUUCUUGAUUUACAGAGUUAUAAAUGGACAAAAAUGGAUACUCCGGUGAACUUUUCCGGCCACGUUCAAUCCGGCUGCUGCCUGGAGAUGUAAAAGAGUUUCUUUUGAGUGUCAUAAGUUUGUGUUGAUUGUACAGUUA